AAACAAAUUACUCUCUAUCUCUGCGAGCGUGUUCUGCAGAGUCAGCGGUGUCGGUGCGUUCAGUCUCUGGGACGUAGCCUACUGCUUUAACAUGAGAAAGGAGAGCAGGCUAAUUCGGUGGAUCGGGAGGAUUGUGGUUGUGACAGCUUUGUUGUUGCUGGGCUUCAUCAUAGGAUGGUUUGCAAAGCCCACUACAAACACUACAAACCAGAUUGCUUCCAGCAAGUAUCUGAGGGAGUUUCUGGAUGAAAUGCAGUCGGACCAGAUCAGAGAGCACCUCAGGAAAUUUACACGACUCCCCCACCUGGCUGGUACAGAGCAGAAUCUGAGAUAUGCAGAGCAGAUCAGGAAAGAGUGGCUGGAGUUUGGACUGGACUCAGUGGAGAUGGUGCCCUAUGACGUCCUGUUGUCCUAUCCCAACAAAUCACAGCCGAACUACAUCUCAAUAGUUGAUCAGCUUGGCAGUGAGGUUUUUAACACUUCCUUGGCUGAGCCAGUUCCAGCAGGUUAUGAAGAUGUUUCUAACAUUGUGCCUCCAUACAGUGCCUUCUCUGCCAAAGGACAACCUGAGGGGGAUUUGGUGUAUGUUAACUAUGGUCGUACAGAAGACUUUUUUCAGUUAGAGAGGGAGAUGGGCAUCAAUGUUACUGGGAAGAUUGUCAUCGUCAGAUAUGGAAAAAUAUUCAGAGGCAAUAAGGUGAAAAACGCCAUGUUAGCUGGAGCAAAGGGAAUCAUUAUGUUCUCAGAUCCAGCAGAUUACUGGGCUGCUGGAGUCCAGCCCUACCCUGAUGGCUGGAACCUACCCGGUGGAGGAGUUCAGAGAGGGAAUGUUCUCAACCUGAAUGGAGCAGGAGACCCACUCACACCAGGGUACCCCGCUAAAGAAUACACCUACAGAUUCAGCCUUGAGGAUGCAGUGGGACUUCCAAAGAUUCCUGUGCAUCCAAUUGGCUUCCAUGAUGCAAUUCACCUGCUCAAGAACAUGGGAGGACUGAUUCCACCCAACAACUGGAAAGGAGCUCUGAAUGUCUCCUACAAGAUUGGUCCAGGCUUUACGGAUGACUUCAAGAGCCAGAAGGUGCGUAUGAACAUCCACACUAACAACCAGCUUACCAGAAUCUAUAACGUCAUUGGCAGGAUUAGAGGAGCUCUGGAGCCAGACAGGUAUGUGAUUCUGGGAGGGCACCGGGAUGCCUGGGUGUUUGGAGGAAUUGAUCCCAUGUCUGGUGCUGCAGUGGUCCACGAAACUGUGAGAAGCGCUGGCAGGCUGCUCAGUAAAGGCUGGAGGCCUAGGAGGACUUUAAUAUUUGCCAGCUGGGAUGCAGAGGAGUUUGGAUUGCAGGGAUCUACAGAAUGGGCAGAGGACAAUGCCAAGCUGCUGCAGGAGAGAGCUGUGGCCUACAUAAAUGCCGACUCUGCCAUUGAGGGCAUGUACACACUGAGGGUUGACUGCACUCCGUCUCUACACACUUUAGUGUACGACAUCACCAAGCAGAUAGCCAGUCCAGAAGAAGGAGAGGAAGGUGUUUCUCUGUACGAUAGUUGGCAUAAGAGGGACAACUGGACAAAUGACCGCAAUGCACCCAGGAUCAAUAAGCUCGGGUCAGGCAGUGAUUUUGAGGCCUAUUUUAUCCGUCUUGGAAUUGCUGCAGGUAGAGCCAGAUACACCAAGAACAAGAUAACAGAGCGGUACAGCAGUUAUCCAGUCUAUCACAGUGUGUAUGAAACCUUUGAAAUAGUGGAGAAGUUUUAUGACCCCUCCUUCAAGAGGCUUCGGGCAGUGGCCCAGGUGAGAGGCGGGCUCAUCUUCCGAUUGGCCGAUUCCCUGCUCCUCCCUCUUGAUGUCAACCAGUAUGCAGAUUCACUGAGGAAGUAUGCACAGAGUAUCGCACAGCUGGCACAGAGACACCCAGAGGAGAUGAAGAUGUAUGCGGUGUCGUUUGAUUCCUUGUUUUCUGCUGUUGAGAACUUCACCAUUGCAGCCAGGGACUUCCAUGAGCGCCUGCAGAUUCUCAACAGAGAAGAUCCUCUGCAGGUACGUGUCAUGAAUGAUCAGCUCAUGUACCUGGAGAGAGCCUUCAUAGACCCCCUGGGCUUACCUGGCAGACCCUUCUACAGGCAUGUGAUUUUUGCUCCCAGCAGCCAUAAUAAAUACGCAGGGGAGUCUUUCCCUGGGAUCUAUGAUGCAUUGUUUGACAUCGAGAACUCAGCUGAUCCAGAGAAGGCCUGGGAGGAAGUCAAGCGCCAAAUCAGCAUCGCAGCAUUCACCGUUCAUUCUGCUGCCAUGACACUAACACCACCUGCAUGAAGCACACAACAAGCCAUCUAAAGCUAUGUGAUUGAGCUAUCUAUUGACAAUUAUGUUAAAACACCAGAAUGUGAAGAGAGGGAACAUGCUACCUGCGACACACACAGAGAUGGACAAUCCCUGUGUUCCAGGAACGUCCAGAGCUCAGUCUCUGAGUGCCACUACCAGAUUACAUCUUAAUGAUUUCUUAUGAAGCUACAGUGAAGUAAUAAUUAAUGUUUUUAAUUUUUUGUUCUUGUUUUAUUUGUGAUUAACAGUUUUUUAAUUUUUUGAAUAAAGCAUACAUACAGAUACAUAUACAACACCACCUCCCACCCACCCCUCACCCAAAAACCAAACAGAACACCUCACCACCAACAGAUUCGCCUUGGUUGCACAUAGAUUUAGACCCCAUAUAAGAUUUCUUGUGCAUGUUAGGAAGAAACAAAAUUAACCUAUCAACAAUAACUAAUAGAAGGUACAAUUAUUCAAUACCAUACCACAUGCACACACAAAAAAAAUACAUGGCCAAAACAAAAUACCGUGAAUGCCUUUCUCAAGGAAUUAUAUCAAUAAACAGUCUCUUUUCUUCCUUCAUUGAAUGACAAA